CGUAAUAGUGUGUAGUGUGUAGUACGAACUACAACUAUCAAUCAUAGUGUGCAGUGGAAAAAAAUUGUAUUUCUUUGUUUUGAGCUAAUUAAUGUAUGUGUGCUGAGCACGCUGUGUAAUAUUUCUUCAGUGAGCCUAUUCAUAACUGAGAUCAUUAUUUGAUUAGCUUAUUUAAGUUUUAAUUAUUUUUAAGCAAUUAUUAAAAUUAAUAAUGAAUUAAAUUUAAAUUAAAUAACAAAUAAUUUGUUAAUAGUUAAAUUAAAAUUAGUUAGUCAAUCACUCAAUUGUCAAUACUAAAACUGAAAAAAAGACUAAUCUAAUCAACUAGUAUUACUAUUAGUAUUAGUAAUUAAAUUAGUAAUGAUUAGGCUUAAUACUAAUACUACUACUAAUAGUACUAGUACUAGUCUAGUAUUACAAUUAGUAAAUUAGUAAUUUUGUCAUAAAAUUAUAAUUUUACAAUUAGUGGUAAAUUUUGACUACGAUUGCCACUAUUUUCUCAAUGGCCACCAUCUUGGUUAACACGUGACGUGAAGUCAUCUAUCCCUAUGCCUAACCUGAACCCUAAAUCAAUCCCUAUGCCUAUGCCUAACCUGCAACCCUAAAUCGAUCCCUAUGCCGCUUAAACCUGAACCCUAAAUCGAUCCCUAUGCCGCUUAAACCUGAACCCUAAAUCGAUCCCUAUGCCUAUGCCUAACCUGAACCCUAAAUCAAUCCCUAAAAUAAUGUAGUACAAAUAAACAAAGGGAAGUCACUCCCUGGAAAAUAAGUUGUGGCAAUCGUAACUAGGAUUAGCCCAAUUGGUAAUUUGGCCCUAUGGCAAUGGAUAGGGCCUGUACUAUGACGAGGCCUAUGUCAUUAGAGUUAGAGUAGCCUAUACUUAUAAUGUACUAUAAUAUAAAUUGAUAAGCAUAAUUUAUAAUGAAUAAUAUUAAUAAUUUGAAUUAUAAUUAGUCUACAAAUUUUGAAUAGCCCAAAACUAACAUUUAAGUUUAAGCCUAGACCUACAACUAUAAAGUAAAGGAAUUAAACAGGAAUAACUUAGUCUAGAACAGUAAAAGUAAAGGGGUAAGUAAGUUAAUUCAAUAAGGUAAGAACUACAUUUUUCAUUAUUGAAGCACGACUAAAUCAUUAUUAUUACAUUAGUUGAUAAAUUUAAACCUAAAAUUUAACAGUAAUAAAUUACAAAAAAUUCAGUGUCAAUUGACUCAAGCCUAGCGGGACAGUGUUUUUUUUUAAAUAUAAAAUAUAAUAAAAGAAAGGGCAACUUAUCAUGUGAUAUAUUAUAUAUAUAGGCAAUUAAAAUAUCCCAAAUAGAGUUGCUGAGGUCACAGGCAGAAACAGUAAAAAAAAAAGGGGGAAUGAUUUUAAUUAUUAAAGAAAAAUAUUUUUAAUACAACUUAGAAGCUAUCCUUAAACGACAUCACGCUCAUUUUUGUGAAGGGGUGUCACAGAUUUAUGAAUAGACUAUGUGUAGUAAUUGGUGAACUGGAAGACGUCUACUAUAACUUAAUUGUAACUAAGUAAGAGUAACUGCAGUUACCAAUACCAAUGGCCACACAAAUAAAUUGACAUAGGCCUUAAAAAAAAACCACUAACCAUUGAUGAUAGGUUUGCCAAACUUACUGUCAUAUAAAAGUAUUAAUACAUAUCUGUACAUUUAUCCUGUAAUUCCAUAAUUCAUCAAUUGUAUUUUCAAUUUUCUCAUGUUUUCCUAUUAGAAAGCUGCUUAUUGCAUCAACAUUUUAUUUUUUUAAGUAUACUUAUCAUUUAUGGGUUCAAAAGUAUUAUUUAAUUUAUGUUCGUAUGAUUAUUUUUCACUGGUGUUGUAGUGUGGUAUAUUUUGGGUAAAGAAACCUGAUACAGCAAUCUUUAAAGUUCAUUUCAGCUUUGGUUAGUUUUUAUGAGUCUUGUCUUUUUAGACUUUCAGAUCUCUCCGAGUUUUUCUACCUUUCGAUCUUUUCAAGUUGUUCACAAGCGUGACUAAUUUCACUCAGCAAAAGAAAAGAAAAUUUUGUAAGCUCUACUAUAACAAAACUUUGUUUUCAUUUUAUUUCAUUUAUUAGAUUUACAACAAAUUAAAACAAAUUGAAUCAAUUGAGAAAAUGAAGCGGGAAGCUGAAGAAAAAUCUCAGUUGCUUCCAAAGUUUGCCAGAAUAUCAUUACCUGAAAGCGACGGUAGUUCUAGGGGAAAUAACUCAACAUCAGCUAUGCCAUCCUCUUGGUCACCUGAGCCAGAACAAUCUAAGCCACUAAAUAGUAUUAACAGAGGCCCCAUGAUCUCAGAAAGUACCACUGAUGGAAGUUCUGGCCCUGGCAGCAGUCAUUCUGGUGCUGCCAGGACAACAGCCAUUAGUGAUCUGCCGGGAGUAAUCAAGACAGAAGCAAAAGCUGAUUUGACAUCUGCGGUCCCUUCAAGAUUUACAAUGCUGUUGGAUCGAGAACCAACUGUAUUUCCAGCUGUGGGUCGUAUUCGAGGAGAAGGGCGAAUCAGAAGCAUUUCUGCAUCUGAGUCAAAUCUUACUGCCACCAGAUCUCACCAGUCUGUUGUCCAUGAAUUCAGAGCAGAUCAUCACAGCCAUAUCUCAUCUGUGAUAAAACAUGGGCCCCACCCUGUUAUACUGCAACAGAUACCAGGAUUUGAAAGACAAACCAGCUCUCAAAAAAACUUAAACUCUCUCCCUAGUAAAUCAGCUAAUAUAUACAAUCAAGCUAGUCUUCAGAAUAUGUUGGAAGUCCAACAUCCACAUUUGUUGCCAUUUGUGAAUUCCAAUCAUUCAAAACCCUUAGAAAUGACCACUACUAGUAUAAGUCAGAAUCAUGGUCAUUCCGUGUUAAACUCUGCCAGCUAUCCAUUGUCUUUAGAAACUCACAGGAACAUUACACCAGCUUUACCAAACAAUGGCAGCAGCACAUCAGCGGCACAUCAAGUAAUUAACUGUCUCCCAAGUUUUAGGGGAAAUCAUUUAACAUGUUCUAUGCCGCCUUUCUCCGUGUAUGAAACAAGCUCGGGAAAUCUCUUCAGAAAACUACAUUCAUCAUCUGUAUCAGCAUCAUCCUCAUCGCAAUCAACUUUUAAGUCUGGCUCCAGGCCAGAUGGAAUCAGCUUAUUUCCUAGAAAAAAGUCCAACUCAGAAUCAACAUUGUCAAGGUAUUGCUUAAAGUUACAGUAACAUAUAUAUCUCCAUCUUAAUAUGUGUAUCUUCGAAAUGAAAUUAUUAUCUAUGAACUGAUUGCAAAGGAUUCAAGUGUAAAUAUGGUGUUGAUUCUUAAUUACCUAUUCCAUCCCAGAUGCCCCCUUUUUUUUCUUUUCUUUUUUUUUUAAAUUUAAAAAUAAUGAAAAUAAACUAAUUACUAAUAAAUGAAUAUAUCAUUAAUUUCUGUCAUAAAAAUUGAAAAUCUAAUUUCUCUACAGGUUUGUUGGCAUUGAAGGUUCUUCGGCAAGAAGUAGGGGCCUAACCACGUUUUCUGAUCUCAGCUCUGGAUAUCAGCCAUCUCUAAGUCCAUCACCAUCUCCAUCGACUUCUGCUCCUCUAGCUGAUGAAAAUGAGAUGUUGCCCGUUGCUUCUGGCAGUAGAUAUCCUGAACUUGUUGCAUCCACCUCAGAGCCCAUUAGCGAGGUGCCCCGGUUUCUUGCACCAAGGCUAACUGAUAGAGCAGUGUCUCGCGCCAGGCACAUCUGCCACUCCUGGUCAGCUGCUGUGGUUGCUGCCGGAGAGCAAAAUGAUCUUGAUUCCACAUCUCUCAAUCCGCUAGCACCAGGUAAGGCAAGGCUGAACCUGAUGUGAACUUUAAAACUUUGUCAAGUGUCUUAUCUUUGUUGAUAUAAAAUAUUAAUUCUGGCCUAAAUCCAUUUUCAGGAACAUCUUCUGGUCUUUCAAGUGCUGGGCAGCGACCAUUCUUACCGAGAGGUUUAGUCCAUGAUUCACGCCUUCCCUCGUGGUGGCAGAGUACUCUUGAGCAGGCGGGUCAGUUGGAGAGACCAGAUGUCAUCUCACCUGACACUUCCAAAACAUUUCCUGCUAAUGAUGAGGAGUUUGUUGAAGAAGGAGCCAAUCUGUUAGCGGCUAACAAAAAGAAUUAUGCAGUUUUGAUUAAAAAAGCUGGUCCAUAUAUUUUAGGUAGGUGUUAUGAACAAUUAUUGCAUCACCAUACAUUUUGGGUAGAUGUUCAAGACAAUUAAAUGAUUCCAGGUCUAUACAUUUUAGUUAGGCCUUACAUCAUAUCUUCUCUGAGACAAACUGCUGUAGUUUAUGUUCCACAUACUGUUGUUGUUUAUGUUCCACAUACUGUUGUUGUUUAUGUUCAUCUUUAACUUGUGUAUCCACUGAAAUGUGUAGGUCCUAGAAUUGGCUCAUCUCCUGUGAGAAGUAUUGUACAGUGUCUGGCCAGGAAGGAGAAGACCAACAAGUUUUACAUCAUAAAGGUAAUGUGAGAACAAUCACUGCUGUCAUAAAGAUAAUGUAAGAAAAAUCACUGCUGUCAUAAAGUGAAGGUAAUGUAAGAAAAAUCACUGCUGUCAUAAAGUGAAGGUAAUGUAAGAAAAAUCACUGCUGUCAUAAAGUGAAGGUAAUGUAAGAAAAAUCAGUGCUGUAGGCAUUGCCAGACUAUCAACAAACAAAUAGUAACUCGUUGAUACAUUUUAUAAUGGAGACCACAGCAUAGAGUAAAACAUAAAUCACUAUCAGAUAUGGCCUCUGAAAUUGAAGAGAAACACCACAUACUGACAGACAAGGGGGUGCCAAAGGGCAUGGGCUCAGGUGACUGCUUCCGGAUGAUCGUCAAACUACUCAAACCACACUUUUGCUUCCUCUUAAAUGUCGCUCAUUGUCUUUUAACAUACCGGUAAUUUAUCUCGUAUUAACCCCUAAGCUUUGUACAUAUUAAAAUAUUAGAACCAGACAAGCCACUGAUCCAAGCACAAUGGCCCUACUUGCAUUAAAUCCAUUCACUAUUGCACCAGCCUCUCACCACUUCUUUCCCUUGCAGAUUCUGACUUUGGCUGACUCUGCUAAAGAGACUAUGGAUGACAGACAAGGGAAAAUGCUGAUGUUGACAGAAUUCUCCUUGCUGUCACAGCUGAAAGAUGCCAAGGGUGUGGUCCACUGCAUAGAUUUCUUCAAGGUCAGUUAAAUUGGUUUUUGUUGCUUUUUUUUUUGUAAAAAAUAAUUGAUUAAUGCUAUCUUAUCAAAUUUUUAUUGCUGUUCAAGCUUUUGUGUACAGUACAUCUGCCUAUUUACUUGCUAAAAUUAUGGUUUUUGUUGGGGAAAUGCCCCCUUAUUUUAGGUUAUAUAAUGAAUGAGACUUUUUUUUGUUGUAAUUAUUAAGGGCAGGUUAAACCCAUAAAAUCUUAAUUUUUUGGUAAAAAACGUAAAUUUAGAAAUCCAUCUAUCUAUGAAGUACAUUCAAUUCCAAACAUAACCAUCUUUUUUAUUUUUUAAAAAAAAAGCAAUAUAAGUAUUUUAUUUUAUUUUUUAAAGUUGGCAAGGUAUAAACAAAAUUACCUAAUUAAUUAUGCAAAAAAUUUAAAUGCGUAUAACUUUUCUUCUAAUUAUCCGAUUUUAAUAAUGUUUUCACCCACAUUAAGAAAAGUUAAAGAUUGUCACCAAGGAGCUAAGUAGACAAGACUGUCAUUUUUUAUUUUUAAAAUUUUGUGAAGCUGUCAAAAAUCUUUGCAGAAUCAAAUUGAGAUGUGGACCUUUUUUUUUUUUUGAAGAGCUGUGUAAAAUUCACAACAUACUAUAAUAUCAUGUUUUUUUUGUUGUUGUUGUUUGGUUGCACAAACUUUUAAACUUCAAAUAUUUUCUGUUUGGUUCACAGGACAAAGCUUGGGACACUAGAGAGAAAUGUGAAAUCAAUAGAUUGUGCCUUGUUGUUGACUGUCUGAUGCCUCACGACUAUGAGCCUGAAUCUCAUUUUCUAGUCAAUCUUCAGCAUCAUGUGAUACAUGAGAAAAAACUUAGUGAGAAGGAAGCCCUAAUCAUAUUCUGGGAUAUAGCUCAUAUAGUAGAGCAGCUACAUAAGGUAAGAACUUAGUGAGGCAGAGGCCCUUAUAUUCUGGGAUACAGCUCACAUAGUACAGCAGCUACACAAUAUGUUUAUAAAGAAUUAAUCGAUCAGUGUAUUUUCCAUGAAAACUUUCAGCAUUAAGCACAGUGACAUUUUCUGGAACUUUUAUUUUGAGGAUGUUAGAUAUUGAAUUUUUGUUUUAUUGUUGUUGUUUUGUUUUUUUUAUGGAUCUCCUUGACGAGAUUGGUACCAGUAAGUUUUUUCUUAAGUUACUUUUCUAAACAAUAAAAGAAAUGGAGAUAAGUCUUCAGAAGUAGAUAGUGGAUAAUAAAUGAAGGACUGCAUUCAAGCUGUGUGAAGGAAAUAGAGGAACAAGGUAUGUUGAGGCUUGAAAUGAAAGGUCUUGUCUGCUGAGGAAGGCUCUCAGCUAAGACAGUCUCCUUUAAUUGUCCUUAACUGUACUUGCCAGGACAUUCUAUUACCAAUACUAUUUCAGUAAUUUAAUAUGUUAAAUGUGAUUUAUUAAACAGAAAAAUAUUGUUCACCGUGAUCUUAAACUGGGAAACAUGAUAGUCGACAGACGUUCGUUGAGGGUCACCAUCACCAAUUUUUGCCUGGGAAAACAUCUUAGCUCAGAAAAGGACAAACUUAGAGAUCAGCGUGGCAGCCCAGCCUACAUCAGCCCAGAUGUUCUGAGUGGUAAGUUAAUGCUUUGUGAGCUGUUCUUUAAACUCAUUUUUCCUUUUCCAGCAAAGUUUUGAGAUAGUAUCCUCGAUUGCUUGGUGAACUCAAUUUCAUUUUAAACGCACUGGUGAAAUAUUUAAAAAAUACCUUUUUAAGCUUUCAAAUAAUGAUUAGACAUCAUCAUAUUCAUGGAACAUUUCUUGUGCUUUGUUCCAUUAAAAUCCUUUGACCUAACGCUUAAUGAGUUAAUUAAUUUUAGUACCAGUACAGUAUUCUUAAAUAAUUUAGUAAUUGAUCAAAAUUGUAGCUAACUUUAUGGUCAAUAAAAUUUCACUGAAGAUAUUGUUAAAAUGUGUUGUUUGAUUUGAAAUAAUGUCUGGCUGAGUAGAAGAAAGUAAAAAGAGAUUUGAAUUUAUGUGAUGAGAAGUUAUGCUUAAAAUUUUGUUAUUUGCGCAAUUCACCUUUCUCUAUGAGUUUUUGCACAUGUGAAAAUUAGAUUAUUUGUACAAAUAACAGCUUUUGUUGUUAUGUAUUUUGAGGAAACUUUCCAUGAACCAACUUUAGAUUAGGAUAUAUGACCAUGUUAAAUUUGGAUAUAAUUUAUUGCUAGCUUUUCUUGUUUUAAAAGGGCUGAUUAAAAUACAUAACUAUACUGAGCUUCAUAUACUGUAAUAUUUAUCUGGUGUUAGUCAAUAUUUUAAGCAGUAAGUAUCAAUAAUAUGGAUAUAUUGGAGCUUUAAAAGUAUAUUGCCAAGGAAUAUUUUCUUACUUAACUAUAUAUCUGGUGACUCGAUUCUUACUUAGUCAUAUAUUAUUAUUAUUAGUAGUUUAGUAGUAGUAGUGGUUUUAUAUAGCAUGGUACCCCAGCCUAGGGCUGGGCUCACAACGCUUUACAUACAAUUCAACAAACAUAAUCAUGAACUUAAAAAUUAACAUACAUUUAUUAAAUAAAACAAAAACAAAUGUAUAUUCACUCCACACAUUUAAGAACUAUUUACAUGUCAGCCAUGGACGGCACCCAGCAGCAUUGUUUAUUGAUGAUUGGGGGGUGGGGGGGGGUGGGGGGGGGACUCAGUCAGGAUAGUGACUUGAUUCUUACUUAGCAAUAUAUCUGGUGAAUUGACAGACUGAUUUCACUAGGCUUAUGAUGUUGAUAAACAUUUCUUAUAGUAUCAGAUAACAAAUGUAUCAAUCAAAUUAGUGUCAUUUCAGAAUAAAAGAUGUAGCAUUGUGAAAAAUAUUUAAAAAAUAGCAUCUAGGCAAAUUUUAAGUUGACUGUAGCUCAAUAAUCAUACAUAUUUUUGUUGUUUAAUUGUCAGGUAAACCUUACUAUGGCAAACCUAGUGACAUGUGGGCACUCGGUGUCGUACUCUUCACUAUGCUGUACGGGCAGUUCCCUUUCUACGACUGCAUGCCACAAGAACUCUUCCGAAAAAUUAAAUCAGCUGAAUUUACUAUUCCAAAGUAAGCUUGACAUUUUACAAUGUUCAAAUGUCAAGUAAAUGUUCAUUGAUGAUUUUUGUUUGAUUGUUCAUGAACCUUAAACAUACUGAGUUAUGCCAUACAUUGGAGCCUAUUUCCAUUUAUGUUAAAGUUCUCAAAACUUUAAUUUAUCCACCCAUAUCUUAAGUCCAACAUUCUGUUCAAACUGGAAAAAAAGUCUUCCCAAACAUGUUGACUUAAGUCAAGACUUAAAUUGUUUUAUACAAAUGAAGAAUUUUUAGUAAUUUUUGUUCUUGAUUUUGUUUGCCUUGAAAAUUGUAAAUCAUACCUUGUAAAAACUGUAACUUGAGUUCCUGACUGCAGUUACAUUUUUUUUUUAGUGAUGGAAGAGUCACAGAGGACACCAAACAGUUGAUUCAUCAGCUGCUGACAUUGGAUGCCCAGACUCGAAUGACAGCGGGACAAGUUGUAGAUGCCUUGGAGACUAUCAUAGGGAAAUGGUGAUUAUUUUUUAACUAGCUUAAAAAUUUAUUUUUUAACUCGCUUAAAAAUUUAUUUAUUCUUCUUUAAUUAUUUUCUUCCUUGGUGUAUGUUUUUAUUUAAAAUAGUUCCUUUUCAUGUGUUUUUUAAACUACAUUUUUUUUUUAAAUCACUCAUUCAAGUACAGCGAUGAUGUCAGAAAGCUCUGAACAAUUUGUUUUAUUAGCAAAAACUGAUUUUUUAAAAGUAAUGAAGACCAAAUUUUAUUAAAUUAAGUUUGUGGGGUUUUAUUUAUUGUCAUCUUGUUGGAUGCCAAAAUUGAAAGUGUGUGCUCAGCCUUGGUGGGCAAGUGUGACCAAUAUCAUUUAAUGUUGUGCUCAGCCUUGGUCUGCAAGUGUGAACAAUAUCUUUUUAUGUUGUGCUCAGCCUUGGUGGGCAAGUGUGAACAAUAUCAUUUAAUGUUGUGCUCAGCCUUGGUCAGCAAGUGUGAACAAUAUCAUUUUAUGUUGUGCUCAGCCUUGGUGGGCAAGUGUGAACAAUAUCAUUUAAUGUUGUGCUCAGCCUUGGACACAUGGGAUAAAUAUUUUAUGCUGUGCUCAGCCUUUGGCACAUAACCAUUUACAUAAUUCUUCAGUAGAUGUCAUACCUAUAAAAAGAUUGCAGGCCAAUGACGUAAAUAACUUUAAAAUCAUUUGUGUUAAAGAGUAAUUUUCUCGGCUUAAAAAGCAAAUCACAUUCUGUCUUUCAAAACGUAAAACAAAUAUUUUCAUUUACUUUUUAAAAAUAUUUUUUUUCAGGAAAGCCAUGAUGGCCUGUGAGACAGAUCAGGUGGUCCCAGACAUUCCUUUAGGGGUUGACAUGGAGUAUGAGCAGACUGAUAAUGAAAAGACAACCCAGACUGACCCAGGUGCCGGUGCACCAGAGUGCUCUGUCCCUUCGGGCCAACAGAUGCAAGCAGCUCUGGCCUCUGGGCCACCGAGCAACAGACAGCUGAUGAUAAAACUUGCAUCAGAUGCCAGGCCAAUGUCACCAGCUGAGAUAAGGGCCAUAAGACAUCUCUUUACUUCCAGGACUUAAGUUUACCAGGAGAAAAAAUAUCUUUUUUUUUUUUUUUAAUGAAGAAGAUAACACAAAAUUAAAUAACUUUGAAUGGAUGAUGUAGACUAUGUAAAUUAAUGUACAUUCAUAUUAUACCACUCUGUAGUUGUGUUGUUAAGGAGAAAUUAUUAAGGAUAAAUAAAUAUCUUUAAGCUUUUAUAAAUUAUAAUAUUUAUUUUUUUAAAUAAUUCACUUGGUAUGGCAGAACCAUGAAAAUAUUAUGAAUGGAUACGUUGGUUUUGUCUUAUGAGGGAAGGCAUUAUGAAUUUUAUAGUUGUCUAUAUGUAAGAGUUUCUUUGCACUUCUGAGCGCCAGUAUUGAGCACCUUACCUCCAGAGUGAUUGUAUUGUAUGAAAAUAGUUUUGUCUUUAAAUUAAAAUUAAGAGCAUAUUUAUUUAAAACUGGCUUGAAAAUAUUAACAUCACAAGACAUUGUAUGUUCAUUUUCACCCAUCACAAUUGAGAGAAAAUAGGACAUGAACUGCUCCAACCUCUGCUAUUAUCUCCUCCCACACCCUACACUCUAUUCCAAACCCAUUCCUCGCCAUCCUCUCACCCUUUUCCUCCCACUCAUAUCCACUCUUGUAUCAUAUCUUCUUCCAUUUCCCCUACACUAUACCCCCAUACUCAAACUGUGUAAUCUUGUAUUUUCCCUUACUCUAUCAAUCCUCCUAUUCUUGUAAAAAAAAAAAAUUGUUAUAGCUUACCUUUUUUUAAUGCUUUCAAAAAUGAGGCCUCUGACUGCCCCUCUACAAACUCUACCUUGGGUCUGACAUUUUCUUGAACAAAAUUGUAAAAAAAAAAAAUGUAAUUAAUCAAACAAUUAUUUGUGUGAUAUCAAAAGUUUUGUUUGCUGUACAAGAAUGGCAUUGAUGGUUGUGUAUAUUUGUAUCAUGUUUAUUGUUGUACAUUAUUUUAUGAUAACAGAGCUGCAUGUUAACUUAUUUUUAUAAUUGCAUGACACUUUUUUUUUUACCACAUAUUUUUGGGACCUGACCUUAAAAAUUCUACUUUAAUUCAUAGGGCAUCAAAUGCUAAAAAUUAUUGUUUUAAAUUAUUCCUAACAAAUAGGUUUAACAUAAAUAUUGAAUUCAGAUUUGUAUUUCUACACUUCAAAUGUCCCCAUGCGCCAAUGUAUUCGAUGAGAACUACUGUUAACAACUUCACAUCUUGUCAAAUUUGCUAAACCUCGUCUCCCUAACCACAACGCUAACCCUCACCCAUCUCCCUAACCCAAGCACAUCUCCCUAACCACAACCCUAUAUCUAACUCAAGUUAUUUUGGUACAAGAAAUGAAACCGCUGUCGAUCUGGAAAUAUUUGUCUGUCUCGUCAGGCUCAUCAUUCCAAAUUGAAAAUUUCUCUACAUUUUGAGGCAGGUAUUUUGCACUAUCCCCCUUCAUGCCCAUGACACUUUUUGUAAGCAUGUAUGAACUGUUUUUCAUACAAUGUUCCCGUAAAACAUAAUUGUUUGACGAUGGAAUUGAUCAAGUUCAAAUAUAAUAAUCUAAAAGACCCAGACUUUGUUAAACUUUGAAAGCAAUGCUGAAUAAACAUGUGUACAGCAUGGUAAGAUUCAGCAAAAGUUAAUGUUCCUAACAUCACUGUUCCCCGAAUGGUGGUCUGUGGAUCGCUCCACAAGUCUUGCGUUGCCGGUCCACACAACUUGAAUAUUUAUUCUCAAAUAAAAAAUAAAUUUAAUGAAUAAAUCUGCCACCCGUCUCUGGUGUGAUCACGGAACUUGUCCUACAGUCAGCUAAAUAAAGGUUUGGGAAAAGCUGCCUUAAAUGAUACAAUAAAAUGAAACUAAGUUUUAUCUUACAAUAUAUACAGAUUUUUAUUUUCAGUUCUAAUAACUGUUGGUGACAGUUUGAAUGAGGUAAUUUUAUGGCAAGUUUGUGGAUUAAAUAUGUGGUUUAGUUAUUGUGAAUCAUGUCCGUCACCACACUACAAAUGCUACAAUGUUGUUGGUG